CUUGACUUGUGCAGAUUGAACUCAAUGGUCACGUUCGACUCCGAAGCUGGAUGGGGUUAUCUACCUAUCUGUCUGUCUGUGUGUGCCUAGUCUAGCGUCACUGAUGACGCGUGAGGCACCGGCUCCUGUUGGCCAAUCGACACGCAGCUAUUGCGCUCGCUCAGCUCUGCUAGCAUAGCAGGCUAAUGUUUUCUUCCAGCCGCUGGACUGCCUGCCUGCCGGGUACUGCACGUCACAAGUUCGCCUGCCUGCCGCUGCUGCAAAAAAAACAUUUUCUUUUUACUCCGCAGCCAAGUGGACCGGACCGGACCGGACAGGAGCGGGAUGAGCCAUGGCGUCGGUUCGGGUGGCUGUCCGAGUCCGACCCAUGAACAAACGGGAGAAGGAUUUGUCGGCCAAGUGCAUCAUCAAGAUGGACGGCGCCAAAACCUCCAUCGCCAACCCAAAGCUCUCGGAAGGCGCGGCGGGGGACCCGAGCAGGGACUCCCUCAAGACCUUCACUUACGACUUCUCCUACGACUCGGCCGACUCUGGGAGCGCCGGCUUCGUCACGCAGGAGAAGGUCUUCCGAGAUUUGGGCCGCGACGUGCUGAAGGCGGCCUUUGAGGGCUACAACGCCUGCGUCUUGGCCUACGGUCAGACGGGCUCCGGCAAGUCCUACACCAUGAUGGGCAAUACGGGAGACGCCGGUCUGACCCCACGGAUCUGCCAGGGGUUGUUCGGCCGCGUCGACGAUGCCGCUCGACGGGACGAAGCUUCGUUCCGCACGGAAGUCAGCUACCUGGAGAUCUACAACGAGCGUGUGAGGGACCUUCUGAGGAAAAGGUCUGCUCAGACCUGCAACCUGAGGGUCAGGGAGCACCCCAAGGACGGACCUUACGUCCAAGAUCUGUCCAAGCAUCUGGUGCAGAACUACAGCGACGUGGAGGAGCUGAUGGAGGCGGGAAACACCAAGCGCACCACCGCCAGCACCGGCAUGAACGACACCAGCAGCCGCUCGCACGCCAUCUUUACCGUCAACUUCACGCAGGCCAAGUUUGACGCCGAGAUGCCCAGCGAGACGCUGAGCAAGAUCCACCUGGUGGAUCUGGCGGGCAGCGAGCGCGCCGACGCCACCGGCGCCGCCGGCGUCCGCCUCAAGGAAGGCGCCAACAUCAACAAGUCGCUGGUCACGCUCGGCAACGUCAUCUCCGCCCUGGCCGACCUCUGCGCUGAUGCCGACGGCAGCCAGAAGAGGAAGUCGCUCUUCGUGCCCUACAGAGACUCCGUCUUGACGUGGCUGCUGAAGGACAGCCUGGGCGGCAACUCCAAGACCAUCAUGAUCGCAACCGUGUCCCCCGCCGACGUCAACUACGGCGAGACGCUCAGCACGCUGCGCUACGCCAACAGGGCCAAGAACAUCAUCAACAAGCCCACUGUCAACGAAGAUGCCAACGUCAAGCUGAUCAGAGAGCUGCGGGCGGAGAUCGCGCGACUCAAAGCGCUUCUGCUUCGGGGCAACCAGGUCGCUGUCUUGGACUCACCCACCGCGCUCAGCAUGGAGGAGAAGCUGCACCGGAGCGAAGCCAGGGUGCUGGAGCUGACAAAGGAGUGGACCAAUAAGUGGAGUGAGACACAGAACAUCCUCAAGGAGGAGACGCUGGCGCUGCGCAAGGAGGGCACGGGCGUGGUCCUGGACUCGGAGCUGCCUCACCUCCUGGCCAUCGACGACGACCUCCUCAGCACCGGCAUCAUCCUCUACCACCUCAAGGAGGGCCCGACGUACGUGGGCAGAGAGGACGGCGCCGGGGAGCAGGACAUUGUGGUCCACGGCGCCGACGUGGAAAGCCAGCACUGCGUGUUUGACAACAGCGGCGGGACGGUGACGCUGGUGCCGCUGGCCGCCGCGCUCUGCUGCGUCAACGGGAGACGUGUGGCCACGCCCACGCGGCUCAAUCAAGGCGCCGUGGUCCUGCUGGGCAGGACCAACAUGUUCCGCUUCAACCACCCCAAAGAGGCGGCAAAGCUGCGGGAGAAGCGCAAGAGCGGCCUCUCAUCCACCUUGGGCCUGUCGGCGAGCGACCUGUCCAAGUCCUGCGACAACCUCUCGGCAGUCAUGCUCUACAACCCGGGGAGGGAGCUGGAGUGUCGGCAGCGCGAGGAGCUGGACAGGCUGGAGCUGACCAGGCAUCAGAUCAAGCAGAUGGAGGCCAAGCAGCGCAGCGAGAAGGCCAAGCUGCAGCGCCUCCGGCGGGAGGUGGAGAGCCAGCGCAAGGAGUCGGAGGAGGCGCGUCAGAGGAUCCUGCGCCAGGAGGAAAGCCUGCGCCGCCGCAGCCGCGACAUGGAGAGCCGCCUCCGAGACUUCCUGGAGGAGAAGCGGCGCUUUGACCUGCUCAGACGAGCCGACCAGGAACUCCCGGGGCCCGAAGAGGAGCUCCGCCGAGAGCCGCGACAGCCGGAGCGUCUGGAGGCGGUGCAACUGAGCCACAAAAAAGGCGGCGCCGCUGCCGUCACUUUCUUUAGCAGUGAGGAGGAGGAGGAGGAGGAGGAGGAGGAGGAGAAACAGCCGCCGGCCCCUAUCACUUCUCCUGGCCUGGACAACCUCCCCGAACACCCAAACUCUCCAGGCCUGGCCGAGAAGCUUCGGGUGCAGCGACUGCAGGAGGACAAAGGAGAAGAGAUCUGGCACAACAAGCAGCAGAUACACACAGGACACCUGGUCCCCGACACCCAGGACUACCCGGAGCCAGAGCGGGGCCUGGAUUCCAAGUGCCCGACGGACAGAAAAGAGCUGGUCAAGGUGGCGCUGCCGAAGAGCCAGAAGUUGUGUCGGCGCGUCAGCCGAGGGGAGGAGGAGAUUAGCGCGGCCGGCGCCGACGACAGCACGCCGGCGACGGGCCUCAUGGUGACGACGCGUGACGUGGCCGUUCCGCUCUCAGACCACAGGAUCAACGUUGAAGAGGAGGUUGAGCGGAGGAGGUUACAGCGCUUCAACCUCAACGCCAGCAGUCCCGCGAUGGACCCGGACCUGUCACCACAUCGUGGCAGCGGCGUUGCCGAGCCUCCUCCUCAUUGUGCCGGCAAGGGAAGCUUCGUCCGUGUCAGCAUCCCUCGCUACGUCCUCCGAGGCCAGGGCAAGGAUGAGCAUUUUGAGUUUGAGGUCAAGAUGAGCGUCAAGGACGAGACGUGGACAGUCUUCCGUCGCUACAGCCGCUUUCGAGAGAUGCACAAGAGUCUCAAGUCGAAAUAUCCGCAGCUGGCAAUUCUGGACUUCCCUCCCAAGAAAUUAUUUGGAAACAAAGAUGAGAAAAUGGUUGCUGAACGCAGGAAUCAGCUGGAGCGCUACCUGCGAAGCGUCUUUGAGGCCAUGUCGGCGUCGUCCGGGUCACCGCUGCGGCAGGACGACCAGCGCGCCUUUCCUGUGUCCAAACGCUCUGUGUGCGAGCUGUCUCCUUUCUUCAAGAAAGGCGUCUUCGAGAGCGGUCGCCACGGAACCGGCUAAACGCCUGCUCCCGUGGGACCUUUUCACAAUAAAGUUACGAGAGAGCCAGA